CGCGUUUCGUCAAAAGGACCUCUCUCAAUCCUAGGUCACCUCAGUCGCUAUACUCGACAACAUUCAAUCACCUCUGCAGCUCAUUAAACUCGAUCCGAACAUGAGACAGGCUCUGCUCUCUUGAAGUCGUCGUCGGUUUUGCGACCGGCUCUCCGCAUCUAAUCUGCGAGUGCUUGAUCAAUCGACCUUCCCAAGACCCACCUAACACUCAUCCUGCGAUCGAAGUCUUUCGGCCUCUCACAUACCUCACUAUCGUUCGCUCGGCUCCCCGGCUCUGACUUCCUUCUCAUACAUGAUGAAUAUGGCCGGCAUGAAUCCUGCGGCGGUGGCAGGUGGCCCCGUCGGAGGUGGCAUGAUGAUGAACAAUGGUAGCCCGGCGAUGCAGGUCAACACAACCACCUCCCCGGAACAAUUAAAGGCCCAGCUCAACACCUACAUCUACGAGUACCUUCUCAAGCUGGGGCACUACGAUAUUGCUCGAAGUCUGUUACGUGAAGAGAAAUUCGAUGUUCGAACCAAGCCCCCGGUCAAGCAAAGUCCCGGCCGCCGCAAAGACGCGGAAGUCAAUGGGGUAGAUGCAGAUGCCAUGGACACCGACCUCAAAGAUGAUAUACCUGAUGACAUACCUCGACCCGUGCACGCAAGUGAUUCGAGCACGCCUGGCUUCGGCUUUUUGUUUGAGUGGUUCAGCAUAUUUUCCGACCUUUUCACUGCCCACCAACGAUCGAGUAAGAUGCAGGGAGGCCAAGGCGCAAACAUGGGUCCAGCUGCACAAUACUUGAUGCAACACCAGAACAUGCAGCGCAUGAGAGAGAACCAACAAAACCAGAAUCUCGCUCGGCCGGGCAUGAUGAACCAGAACCAGUUUGCUAUGCGUGCCAACAUGCGCAACAACCUGAUGAACGGUAACAUCCCACGAGAUAUGGCCAACAAGAUAACCCCUCAGCAAAUGCAGCAAAUGAACAAAGCAGCAAUGCUUCAGCAACAGCAGCAGAUGCAACGGGAGCAAGGCGACGUUGACAUGAACGGCCGUCCUUCGUCUCCAGCAGAAGGCGAAAACGGUGGGUCACCGUCCAAGAGGCCGCGGCUCGAAGGUCAACAGUUCAACGGUGGCAUGAUGCCUAAUGUGCGGCCAGGAAUGCCCAACGUGGCACCUCAGAACAUGAUGAUUCAGAAUGCCUUCAACCCCAACAUGAACAAUGCCCAGUUUCGACAGAACGGCGCUAUGCCGCAGAAGCCCAUGCAGGCCAAUAUGGCCAAUGGCAUGAUGAACAUGAAUGGCGGCUCGCCCAUGAUGCAAGGCAUGAAUCCCGCCCAGUUUAGCGACAAUAUGCAAAUGGAAAUGUACAGGCAACAAGGAAUGGGCAACCAACAGAUGCAAGGUACACCGGGCGGAGGCCAGAGCGGCAACCACGCCCUGCAAGACUACCAAAUGCAGUUGAUGCUGCUCGAGCAGCAGAACAAGAAGAGGCUGAUGAUGGCGCGACAAGAACAAGACAAUGCUGUCAAUAGGGAUGGUGCUCCUAUGGUUGGCAUGCAGCCCGGCGGUAUGUCACCAUCAGGCAGUCGCACAGGCACUUCGCCAAACCCUGCGGAUCAAAUGAAGCGAACACCACAGAUGGGAGGAAUGCCAGGCUCACCCUCGGCUGCUGAGGCAAUGGCCGGAAGAUCACCAGCUGGCAUGAACUUCAUGAAUGGAAUGCCGACGUCUGACUUCAACCCGGCCAUGUUUAUGAAAGACAACCAAGGCAUGGUCGUGCCUGGCGGCCCGAACAUGGGUCGACCGCCUACUUCUAUGGAGAUGCAACAGGCCAUGGCUCGUCAACAACAGAACAGAAUGGCUGGACAGUUCCAGGGAGGUCAGCCAAUGGUCCAGCAACCGUCCCAAGGCCAGCCACAACCGAUGGGUACACCUGGACAAAGGAACGAGAUGCCACCUCCUCAGGCUCCGGUAGCCAAUAGCGCUCAACGCAAUCAACCAGGCUCUCCCCAAAGCAACGCGCCUCCGACGCCUUCCACAGGCAACAAGCCGAACCCGAAGUCGAAGAAAGCCAAAGAAGACAGCAACAAGAAGAAACCUGCAAAGAAGAACUCGACAGCGAAUGCCCCCACCGAGAAUGAACCCCCUGCCACUCCUACGCCAUCGACGCCAAUCACCCCAGUGCACCCACAAGGCUUCAACGGGCCGGCUGGCAAGGCUCCAGCUCCUGGCAUGCCCACGGCUAACCAAGCUCCUCCGCCCGCUCAGACAAUGCCUCCCGUUCCACCACAAAUGCACCAGCCCGAUCUGCAACCCAACUUUACUGACAACUUUGGUCCGGAUCAGAACUUCAACCUGGACUUCAGCACACUGGAGAACAGCGAUGUUCUUGAAAACUUUGAUUUUGAUAGUUUCCUCAACACGACAAACGACGACACGUUCAAUUUUGACGGGGCCAUUGGUGUCGGUGGUGAUUUUGGUCUAGAGCCUGGCGAAUGAUGGGCGUCCUUGACGCCUUUGUAUCACUUAUUAAUCCGCUGGCGUUCUGUUUCUACACUUGUCUCUCACGCAUGGAUGGCGAGGGUGCGUGGUUGCUCUUUGGAAAUGCUGAUCUUGACAUAUUUUCUUUCCUGGUUACAAUACCCGCUGCUCGGACGAAAAAUGACUUAUUGAUUGGACAUAAAUUUAACGGGUCAAAUGUGUGUGUGGUAUAGGCAUGGGAUCUUUCAGGCGUGUUAUCUCAUGUGGCUUUACUGGUUGUGCAGCAAUUCUAGGAAGAAAUCUUCGAGUAUUUACAUGGCAGUAGGUCUA